GGUGCAUCUAAUGUUGUGCAAGGUGCAAGCAAUGAUCAUGGUGCUGGGGAUAAAGUUUCAGGUUCAGUUGGACGGGUUUCUCAGGAUCAAGGUUCAGUACCAUCAUGAUAAUAUGUUUAUUAGGAAAUAAAGCUGUAAUUAAUAAUUAAUAAGUAAAAAAUAUCAUUUUAGUGGUAACAUUAAUGCCGGAAUGCCCAGGUUUUCGUCUACCACAAUUCCAGCAUGAGAUCAUAAAAUUCACAAUACAAAAUGUUAGUUGCUCAAUGCUGUAUUGAUGAAGAGAGGCAAAAACCAGAGUACCUUCACAAAACCUGUUGGAACAAAAAAGUGAACCAGUAACAAGUUGGUUUUCUUGGCCACUGCACCACCCUUGUGCUCAAAAUAUAAUAGCAAAACAGUGAUGUUAUUUUCCAUUCAGCACUUCACUUGUGGUGGUAAGCAUGUUAAUGUUAAAACUGUUCCUUGGCCAAUAAAUUAGUUUAUGCAGCUUUGGGCUGAAAUGUGUAUUUAAGAUAUAUAAAUAGUUGUAUCUACAUGUUGGAAUGCUGGCUGAUAUCUUGUCUCAUUUUUCAGGUGCAUCUGAUGCUUUGCAAGGUAAUGAUCCUAGUGCAGGGGGUGAAGUUCCAAACUCAAGCAAUCAAGUUCAUUAUGACCAAGGUACUGUACAGAAGUGUUAUGUGUUACUGAAAAUAUAAGAUGAAAAAUUGGUUAAUGUGUUUUUGUAAUUUAGCAUUUCCUUCAGGUACAGUUAUCAUGUGACACUAAUCUAUAAACUUAAAAACAUAAGUGGUGUAAUCUCAAUUGUUGCAUGUUUCUGAUUGAUAUUUUCUUCAUUCUCAAGGUGCAUCAGCUAGUGCUGUGUACAAGGCAAGUAAAAAUCUUGGUGCUAUAGGGACGGAAGCUUCAGAUUCAGGCAAAGUAAUUCCCCAUGAUAAAGGUACAACAACAAUAUCUUUAUUUAGUAAUAUUUAACUUAAUAAGUAGGACAAAUAUAUAUAAUUAAAUAGUAUUGCUAUAAUGUUAUGUAGCUACUUUGCAUUUUGUGAACAUAUAGUAUUUAAUGAACGAAUUAAGUAGAUAAAUGUGUAUAUUAUAUAUGCCUGCUUUCCAUAACAGCCAUGCCUGUAACUAAACAAAAACUUAACUAUUAGAUUAAAAUUGGCUGCCCACUUUAAAGCUGCACAGUAUCUGCCUGCUGCAACUCAAUUGGGAGGCUGUUUCACACCACCGCAUCCCUACAGCCAAAGCUAUUUUUUUAGGUAGUUUAUGAGGAGCUGAGGAAUAGCCAGUUUGCUGUCAGUGUCUCAUAGCGAACAGAAGGUGACACUAUCAUGGUUGGUAAACAAGUUGCUUAAGUAUUCUGGGGCAAUACUGUUUAUUGAUUUGUAUACCAUACCUGCUGUGUGAUAUUUACAUUCAAUGUCAAGCUUUUGCCAGCCAAGCCUCUCAAUCAAAUAAUCAGCAUCAAUGUCAUAGCCUGAAAACGUUAUGAUUCUAGCUGUGCGAUUUUGUAGCUUCUGUGGCCUGGUUGCCAGGGUUUUACCAUAGCUGUCCCAGGCAAUGCUACAAUAAUCGAAGUGGAGUUGAACUAGAGAAUUUAAAAUUUCAAAGCCCCAAUACCAGACACAAUCUUUUUGGCUAAUUCCUUGAUGUGUACAUUCCAAGAUAAGUUAUGAUCAAUGUGCACACCAAGGAUUUUUAUCUGAGUAACCUGUUUUACAGGAGUAUCAUUAGUUACCGUGUGUGGGAUUGAUUGAAACGUGCUUAACCUUAGUUUGUCGUGAUCUGAUUAGCAUAAACUCAGUUUUUGACUGAUUCAAAGUGAGUUUAUUAACUAUAAAGCCAUUGAUUAAUGCUAUAAAGGUCUUCAUUUAGAUAAUUAUUGAUAUUCGUCAAGUUGUCUCUUGCAAAUGUCAAAUGCACAUCAUCUGCAUAACAUACAGGGUUGUGAGUGUGAAAGACAAUUUGGAAGGUCAAUAUUGAUAUAAAAUAGAAACAUUAAGGGCCCCAAAGAUAGUCCUCUGGGGAAUCCCACGCAAAAGCAAAUGGUCUUUUGAGAGAUGCCCAUUGGCAGAGCAUUUUUGAUUGCAUCCAUUUAAGUAUGACACCUAAACCAAUUACUCCCAGACCCCCCAAAACCAUAUGCAUUGAGUUUUGAUAGCAUGAUCUCGUGAUCAACCGUAUCAAUGGCUUUCUUUAAAACUAGAAAAACUACUGCAUUAUUCUUGCCGUGGUCAAUAUUGUAUGUCCAGUUAUUGGUGGCCUCAAGGAGACUGUAAUUGUAGACUUGGUUAUGUGCUAUUCUUUUGAAUACUUUAGCUGUCACUGGGAUUAUUGAAAUGAGGCGAAAAUUGUUCACGUCUCUAAGUUCACCUUGUUUUAACGUUCAUCAGGAUAAAUGCCUGUAUUGUUUGAGCAGUUGAAGAUCACACACAAAUAUUCCGAUAUCAAAUUGGGACAAAUACAGAAAAGUCUAGCAGAGAUUUUGUCUAAGCCUGUUGCUUUAGAUUUACAAAGCUUUUACACGUAAGAAAAUACUAUGUUCAGAGUUGUACAGUGUAGUUUUAUCACUGUAUCAGAAAGGGGAAAAUGAACAAACAGCGACAUAUUCAAACAUUUUUUGCAACUACAUGUUGAGAAUAUUAAUUUACAGCUAUCCACUUUCAGUGUUUAUUUAUACUGAUAAAAUUUAAUGUUGAAUGGUAAUCACUUAUUGGUAUUGUCUCAUAAAAUAAAUUUGAUAAGUUAAAAUAAAUACCAAUAGGUAACAAAUUUUAAUUUAAAAAGUGGUUCUCCAUCUAUCAUUUCUGUACUUGAGCUUUUUCACUUUGUAUUCUAGUUCGUUAUGGAGAACUGAUAUCAUCGUUCUUUCUAUAUUAAAUAAGCCCCCCUUACUCCAAUAAGCCCCCCCCCCCCCCCAACGGCUCAGAAAUAAAAAAACCACCAAGAGCGCUAGAUAGAGAAAUAACAGGAAAACUAAUUUUUUAUUUUUACUUUUGGGGGGGAGGAGGUUGGAAAUAAACAACGUAAACGAUAAAAAACAUAACAAAAAAAGACUAUGCUAAAAAAAAAAAGAAAAAAGACUCAAAAAAAAAAGAAACCUUAAAUGGUCUUGAAAUAAAUAAGCCCCCAGGAGGGCUUAAUAGAGGAUUUACGGUAAACUUAGUUUUUUAUUUUCACAUGUGGGUGGGAGGAGCAUCAGAAUAUACAGCAUUCACAGUACAUACUAUAACAAGGCUGUGCUCUGAGAAAAAAAUAAUUGCAGAUAGCUCAAAAGCUUUAGCAUUUAAAAAAGAUUCCCCAACCAGCACAUGUCACAGCCCUGGAUAAAAACAUCUUGUACUAAAAUGCCUUACAGAACUAAACAAAUUUGACUGGCAUUAUCAUCUACAUUCCACGUAGGUACUUUAUGUGUAAAUUAAUAUUGAUAUAUAUUCCUAUGUCUUUUGUACCUUCGUCUUAUCCAGACCCUUUGUACCAAACGCUUGAGGACAAUAUUACGAAGACAGAUGAAAAGGUGAAACAAUUUGGUCAAGAACUGAAAACUUUGAAAAAAGAUGCUAAAUCAGGUGAGCUGAACAAAGAUCAUUCAUUCUAGGUUCCGAAUAAUUGAUCUGAGUUAAUGUUUCCUACUUUUACAUUUUGGUCGGAUCUCCCUGAAAUUUUUGUGGGGUUUUUGUUAUUUUAAGUUGUAUCUCUACUUUCAUUGACCUUUAAAUUGAUUACACUACGUAGUUCAUAAUCGCUGUGUUCAACGGAUGUGAGCUACGUGCGGAACGUAUCAUCAUAAGAACAAUUCGUGUUAAUACGUGUUACUUUAAAAUCCCUGCUUUUCAGCUGACUUCAGUGAACAAGAAGCAAGCAGAUAUAAUGAUACUGGUGAAAGAUCAGGGGCAAGUAAGGAAGGUACGUGUAUUUUCAACAUUGAACGAAAAAAAAAACACCAAAGCUGUAUAUUCCAAUGGUUAACAGACAACAAUGAUUUACGCACUGCGGCAUACAUUUUACUUUUUGAACUCAGUUUUGGAGCACAUACUUACGUAGUACUUUUGUUUACGUAAUUUAUGUAAUUGCGAAAUAACAAGGAACAACAAGGGGAUGGGUGGUUUAAAAUAUAUAAUGCACCAUUUUGUGAAACCACUAGUGAGAAUCUCUUCACUAGACUAUAUUUUGGGGAGGGAACUCAGUUUUGGCAAAAUUAAAAGGAAAAAAAGUGUGGUUCGAGAAACAGGAAUUUCACUGUGUCUAACAGAUGCUGAACCCGGAGUUUCAUGUCCAAAAAAUUUGGAAAUUGGUUUUGUUUCCUUUGCGGACCCCUUUGCCUCGGUAUUUUGUUUCAACAGAAUUUUCAUAACACGAAACAUAUGACAAAGUUUGACAUAAACUUCACAAGGAUAGUUUUUAGCACAGACGAAACUAAACCUCUGAAGUCCGUCUGCAAGCCAGCGCCAAAAUCCUUAUUCUGGGCCCCCACCCAAAAGUACCCGCCAGGAUUGGCCUGUCAAAAAAAGCUAUUGUACGAUAGGCCAAUCAGGUUGAAGAGAAAUUCGCAACGCACUUCCGGUAAUUCGUUGAGUCUGUAGGUGCCCAGAACAAGGAUAUCGGCGCUGUUUGGCGGACGUUACUUACUGACGUUAGAUAACGUGUGCUACGCAGGCUAAUCCUUCCUAAACCCUCAAAAAAUUGAAGAAAGGAUGUAAAACGUUUUUUUUGAUCCUCUUAAUUUCGUAUGUAUCAACUCACUAAUGUUUUUCUGUCCAAUACCAGAAGUUAGUCAUGUGAAAACUUCUGACCUGAAAGCCUGUCGCAAUAAGCUUGCUGAUUACUACAAGCGCACAGCCACGGUACCCACCUCUGUUUGGUCUUCGAUUUGUCAGGUGAAACUUGAGAAGAUAUAUACUCGACUGUCAUGGGUGAAAAAAGAACAAACUCCAACUGGGACAUCACCGGCUGAACUAACAGACUACAGUGAACUAUUCACAGCAGAUGAGAACGGUGUUUUGCCUAAGAGAAUACUCGUGCAAGGAGAAACGGGAAUUGGAAAGAGCACAUUUGUUAAGACGCUAGCGUUGCAUUGGGCUAAACUCGUUGACGAUAAGGAUGUUGUAAACGAAGUAAUGGCUUCUUCAAGUAAGUGCGGAGGGGUUAAGGAGCCAUCACGUGAAGAUCACAUGGGCGUCAGCCAGGCCGAGAGCAGCGAAACAAGAAAACAUGAUGACAGCAGUGAGAGUCAUAUUGAUGCCCUGAAGAAGUUCCAGCUUGUUAUUGCUGUUCCUUUGAAAUAUGUGUCUAAAUGCCAAACAUUCAGAGAAGUUUUAAGCUGUUCUCGUCUAAUUCCCAAGGACGAGGAAUAUUUAACGGAUGGUAUCUUUACGUACAUUUGUAACAACCAAGAGAAAGUUUUACUGGUGUUUGAUGGAUACGACGAGUAUCGCACUGGAAGUGUAGCAGAAACCCAGUUUGGACCAAGAAGCACCUCUCCUAUUUGUGAAAUUUUUCACCGGAAUGAGCUCAGAGACUGUACUUUGUUAGUAACCACGAGAUCUUCAAGAGCCGGUGAACUGCUAGAAUUCUGUCCCGACAAACACGCUGAGAUCACCGGAUUUGGCAUUACAGACCAACUGGAUUUCAUGGAGAGGGUGCUAGAUAGCAGCAGCCAAGCCAUCGAACUAAGUAUUUGCCUAUUUGAAAAGAAAGUGAAAGACCUUGCAAGAGUGCCACUUCUAAAUCUUUUUUUCUGCUUGUUGUUCAGGCAAGAAAAGGAGAACCUGAUUAAAGUUGACAAUAGGAAAACUCCAUUAUAUCGAGCUAUCAUUCGAUGCAUCCUGCACCACAGCAAGAGGAGACUUUCGCCUGCUGAAGUAAAAGGGGAAGAUUACCGAGAGAUUCUUGCUGAAAUAGGAAAAGUUGCGUUGGAAAGUCUUCUGAAGGGCAGUCAGGUGUUUGAAUGUCAUCAGCUGUCUGAGAAAGUACGUGGUGAAAAAAGUGUUAUGGUGGGCCUCUUACAAUUAACUGAGAACGGAGCAAGUCCGGAGCCAACGGAGAUCGUGUCCUUUAUACACAAAUCAAUUCAAGAGUAUUUAGCAGCCUGGUUUAUAGCGAACAUAUGUGUUCCCGAGGGUAAUCUUGGUGGAAUUGAAAAGCAUGCCGCCACUUUGGAGGAUUGUGAGUCAACUGCAAAUGUUUUGCACUUCGUGUGCGGUUUGUCCAAAGAUGGAGCGGUAAAAGUGCUAACGCAUUUAUCUACUGUUCGCGCCAAUGACUCCUCACUAGAGUUUUCAAAGUUAAUGCCAGUUGAUGAAACCGAAACAAACCUGCCCUGGGCUGGCUUUACCAUGCGGCAUAUCCAGUUUAAUGACUUGGUCCUAGAUUGCCUUCAAGAAGUUUCAGUCUUGACUCCCGAUCUUAUAGAGCAUGUCUUUGGUUGCACCGGGGGAAUCAUCUUCCAAGAGACGCCAGUUGGUCGCGGUCUAGUGCCUAAGCCGGAAGUUUUAACUCAGCAAGCAACACAUUCUUGGGCUUUCUAUUUUAUUAACCGUUUUCCCGAGAGACGGCGAUUGUUUUGGCCAUUAAUCACCGCCAACCCAGUAAAGAACCUCUAUCAAUCAGUUCAAUUUCUGGAUCUCUUGGAUAUCCCCCUUAGAAUGGUUAGGAAUUCGAAAGAGCUAAAACUAGGAGACUUUUUAACAAAGUUUCGCCUUUGUUCUUGUAGGCGUUGCACUUUCGCUUCCGUGCUUUGUUGCACUGAUGGCAAAAUGAUGGUGUACAUCACAGACUUGAAGCUUUUAUGUGAUACACAUACCGGGAUGUUUACUGAAGCUGCGGCUGUAGUUUGUGAUCAAUCUGUUUCUGCAAAAAUGUGUUCAAGCCAACCAUGUUUAAAAUUCUUAACAUCCUUAAGCUGCAUUUUCCAUGGAAACCGAGAAUUGUUGAAAGAACUUGUUGUCAUGGUUAGAAACUGUAAACAUUUGCAAGGAAUUAAGUAUGACGUAGACGGUGACUACGUAGUUGAGGACUUGCUUUGCCCCAUUUCAUCUGAAACAGCAAUGGCAAUCGUAAGCAGUAUCUCGCCUGAGAGUUUGGGAGAAGUUUCACUUAAACAUAUCAACCUCACCACCUCCGCAGCUGCGACUCUCGGUAAAUCACUUUCUAAAAUGACUUUCUUACGAAGGCUUCAGUUAACAGGGCCGUAUUAUAUCGGUUCCCGUGACUGUUUUCUGAAAUUGAAUACUCUUUUUGAAGGAUUUAACCAUGUACGGCAUCUAGAAGAACUUCGGUUAUCACGUUUUUGUGUCGUUGAUUCCUUUGCUCCACUAACCGAGAAAUUUUGCUUCUUUCCUAAUUUAAAAAAGUUAGUGCUUAAAGACGUAAACUUGGAUGGAGAUGGUUUGUGUCUUCUACUGGAAGGUUCUCGAUUCAUUCCAAAUCUGCAACACCUGAAUCUGUCGUUCAAUCCACUUGGUCGUGCGGUAAGAGCUAUCGCUUCCUACCUUGACAAACUUCCUGAACUUAGGGAGCUUCUGAUUUAUGAUAGGUCAGUGGAUGGCUCAGAAGACUUGAAGUACGUUCGGAAAGCUGCCAAAGAAUUACGUCCUGAGAUUUCAGUACUAGGGGAACUCAUUCCUGUAGACUAG